AGAGAGACAUGUCAGACGUAAUAUUUGACGACAUGUUCAUGGUCAAGAACAUUGAUCCAGAUGGCAAGAAAUUCGAUCGUUGUUCUAGGCUUUUCUGCGAUUCUGAGUCUUUCAGCAUGGAAUUGAUAUUGGAUGUAAACACACAACUAUACCCCAUAGGUCUCAAUGACAAAUUUCGGUUGAUGAUCACGACAUCAGUACGCGACGAUGGUAUGCCUGACGAAGGAGAAUAUGAUCCACAGGCUAACUAUUCUCGGGUGGCGCAGUUCGAGUAUGUGAUGUUUGGCAGAGUGUACAGGAUAGAAGGGGACGAUUCUGGAUCUGAUGGCAGCAGAAUUGCUGCUUAUGCAUCUUUUGGUGGACUCUUGAUGAGACUGAAGGGAGAGGCGUUUAACCUUCAUGGAUUCGAGCUGGACUCUAAUAUUUAUCUUCUCAUCAAGAAGGUCGAGUUUUGAUAACUGGAACGCUUGCAAAGCUUGCCCGCACCGGUACAUCAUGUAUAGUAUUUUCUGUUUUAGAGAUUGCUUUGUUAUGUUUUCCUUUGUGUUGUUGAUUACAUUGCGUUAUUCACCUGAGAUGGAAUAAACAAGUUGUCCU